AUGGAUCGAAGGAUACAAAAUAUAUACGAUUUAAGAAAAGUGAUCCAAGAGGAGAUGAGGGCUUCAGAGGCCCGGCUGCAAAACCUCCGGGCCCAGCUAGAAUUUAUUGAUGAGCCGUUCCUGUUGGCUCCACCCCCGCCUCCUCCGGCGCUGCCGCCAACACCACCAGCCCCAUCACCAAUGCCGCCAGCAACGGCACCACCGAUGCCGUCGGCACCGGCACCACCGAUACCGCCAGCACCGGCACCACCGGUGCCGUCAGCACCGGCACGUCGCCAUCAAAAUGGCGGGCCAAAGCGAAACCAAUGGUUUCAGCAACGGCGAAAUUCCGUAUUACAACAAUAA